GUCAACCCGGGAAUUCCGAAGGAGGGGUCGACUCUGCCCGCGCGCCGAGGCUGCGCCCCUCCCUGCCUCAGCUUCCUGGCUGUCAAACUGCUGCGAGAGCGGAGCGGGAGCACUGGCCUUUUUGAGAAGAAGGAUAUUGCCUGGAGCACAGACCAUUCCGCGACUGCACUACGCGGGUAGAUCUGAAACUGGGCUGGUGCCGGGACGUAAAAGGCCGUUUUGCCUUGCGGAAUUUCAAGGAACUUCUUCCCGUUUGAUCCCAUCCAGAGAAGCCGGGAAAUUGGAGGCUCCUCGGAUGUUUGAUGGCCUAAGGAUCCAGCUUAACUGAGGCGUCAUAGGACGUGUUCCUGUUUUUGCGUUGGGCCAGUACCCUCCCGGAAAUUCUUUAGUUGCAAAUUUGCUUGAUAAUCAACUUUAUAUUGCAUUCAGUCUAAUUGAGCUCUGAAUUUUCACUACUCGAGCUUUGUACUCAAGGUUGAAAUUACACACAACCCAACUCACUUUUCAAACUGAAAAAUUAACUAAAGCUAGAGGUGCAUGUCUGAGGAGUGGAAAAGGUGAUGGAUUCCUAAGAAAUAAGGUGGUGUGGAGGGGGCACCGCCCAUGCUACCCUGCUUCCAACUACUACGCAUAGGGGGUGGCAGGGGCGGUGAUCUCUACACCUUCCAUCCCCCCACUGGGGCUGGCUGCACCUAUCGCUUGGGCUGCAGGGCCGACCUAUGCGAUGUGGCCCUGCGGCCCCAGCAGGAACCUGGCCUCAUCUCUGGAAUCCACGCAGAGCUGCAUGCUGAGCGCCGGGGUGAUGACUGGAGGGUUAGUGUGGAAGACCACAGCAGCCAAGGGACUUUGGUCAAUAAUGUCCGACUCCCAAGGGGCCACAGAUUGGAGUUGAGUGAUGGUGACCUUCUGACCUUUGGCCCUGAAAAGCCUCCUGGAACCAGCCCCUCGGAGUUCUACUUCAUGUUCCAACAAGUCCGGGUCAAACCUCAGGACUUUGCUGCCAUUACAAUCCCACGGUCUAGGGGAGAAGCCAGGGCUGGUUUCCUGCCCAUGCUGCCCUCCCAGGGGGCCCCACAGCGGCCCCUCAGCACCCUCUCCCCUGCUCCUAAGGCUACACUGAUUCUCAACUCCAUUGGAAGCCUCAGCAAGAUCCAGCCCCAGCCUCUCACCUUCUCCCGGAGUGGGGGUGGGCCACAGAACCUGCCUGUUCCCACUCCAGCUGGGGAAGUGGGUACCACGCCUGCCCCACCUCCUAGAAAUCGGAGAAAAUCAGCUCACAGAGUGUUGGCAGAAUUGGAUGAUGAGAGUGAGGCUCCUGAGAGCCUCCAACCAGUCCUCACAGAGCCCAGGAAGAAACUCCGUGUAGAGAAAACCCCACUGACACCCAGUGGAAAUCGACGUGGCCGUCCUCGGAAGCACCCAGUGAGCACCCCCAUGACUCACCCUGUAAUUGGGGAUGGGGAACCUUGUGCAGCCCCUUGUUGCAGCCUGCCCCAAGAAGAGACAGUGGCCUGGGUUCAGUGUGAUGGUUGUGACAUCUGGUACCAUGUGGCUUGUGUUGGCUGCAGCAUCCAGGCUGCCAGGGAGGCAGAUUUCCGAUGCCCAGGGUGUUGUGUUGAGAUCCAAACCUAACAUCCACCACCAAGGCACUAGAGGACAGAACUGGCACCUCCUAUCCAGGAUUGAACACAGUAGUGUGCAAAUGGAUCCUAAGAAAUGCUUCCCUUCUUUCCUUCCCUCCACAGGAGGGAAUGACCACAA